AACAGAACCAGAUCUUCAGCGAGAAAAUGGCGCCUCCUAUCUCAACUGCUGCGCUCAUAACCGUGGGAGUUCUGCUGUCUGUCCUGACGAUGACUGGGGCUCAGAGGACUCUGUGUUCCGAUGGUGCUCGGUUCGAGUACAACUUCAAGGACUGCCAAAAGUUUUACAUUUGUGUCGGGCCAAACCCACACAGCUUGACCUGUCCAGACGAGCUGGUGUUCAGUAUUCCCAAGAAGAGGUGUGUCUACCGGGAUAGUGAUGAUGCCUCAGAAUGCUUAUCUCAGGAAAUAGGCCAAGGUGGCGCUGCUAGUCUGGCUGAUCAGGACAACAUGGCGGACGAAGCCAGUAAUUUGUUCAAGGUACCAGAGCUGGAAAUCCCCGUGCCAAAGAACAUUAUAGCCAUGGACCAACGCUGUCUGAAGACAGGGGCUCCCCUGGUCGCUCACGAGCGGUACUGCCACAGAUAUUUCAACUGCUCACAGCCUCACCCUGAAGACAUGAACAAGUAA